AUGUUGGUUGUACGCUAUUUAAUUGCUCUGGUGUUCUCCAUCUUUGUAAUGGCCACGUCGCUGCGCAUCGAGGAGCGUUAUGGACGCGAUGCGGACUACAAGAUCUCAACGCCUGAUCGAUUGGUUCUGCAAAUGGGGCGCAAAGUUGAGCGCCAGCAGCUGGAGCCCAGGCGUUUGGGCAUAUGA